AUGUUUUCUCUGUAUAUUAUUCACGAUAUGGUUGAAAUCGAGCCCGUUUACUUCCUAAAGCGGCCCGGUCGCGAUACCUAUCCCAUUAGUGCAGCCUCGCCGCAUCGGACUGGCGAGGAUGGCGGCGGCGCUGUAGCCCAGCCCGCGUCGCCGGACGCCGCCUACGUGGUCGUGCAAAUCAUCCGCCACCGGCUGACGGAGCGGUACGUGGGGCGGGUGGCCCCGCGUUGUGGCUUCUGUGUCGCCAUAGGGGAUAUCUUGGAGCAUUCCUCCAUUGAGGUGAAGGGACCGUCUGCGUCGGCGUGGCUGGGAGCGGUGUUUGAGGUGGUGGUGUUCGCCCCGCGGCCUGGGACUCGGCUCCGGGCCACGAUCGCGCAGCAGAGCGACGAGGGCAUGCGUCUGCGGCUGGACUUCUGUGGCGCCUUUCCCUUUGUGGUGCCGGCGGACCAGCUCGUGCCGGGGUCGAGGUAUGAUGUGAAGCAGAGCGCGUGGUACAUUUCUGUCGACGUUGACGAGAAUGCUAACGGUGGCGAUAACCAGGAGGAAGGGAGUGGUGCGAGGGACGCCCAGACUCACAAUGACGGUGAUCCAAAUAGGAACUACUAUCAAAUUGGUGAGGAGGUGGUAGUGCGUGUGACGGCCUGCGUGGUGCGGGAUGAUGAGAAAAAUCUGAACCAAAACGGCAUAGACUCGUUGAAAGCGCCGGCGGAGGCAUCGAUUGGUGACUCCGCCCCGCUCAUGUCUCUCUUGGGUAGCUUCCUUGGUGACCUCCUGGGGCCAACCUGCUGGUAUGAGGAGUAG